CGGGACUUUGAUACCUGCGAUCCCAACGAUUAUAUCAUUGAAGAGGGCACAACACAUAUAGUGUACGCGACGGGAAGGGGUCCCAUAUCUAGAGUGGAUGGUAUAAGACUUGUUGACCACAAACACGGCUUCCAAAGGGUUCAACUGUUGAAGUUGUUGGAAGUGUUGCCAAAAUUGGCUUCAAACACAAAAAUGGUUGACUUAGUUAAUAAUGAAGUCAAUGUACCCGAUGUUGAGACCACAUACUGGUGCCGACGACACGCAUUACCGCCGGAACUCAAAGACAAACACCACGUCAUACAGUAUGAGGCAGUCAUACAGGAAGGCAACGAAGGACUGGUCCAUCACAUGGAACUGUUCCACUGCGAGGUGUCUGGCGAUCAAGAGUUACCCGAAUGGAAUGGCGCCUGUUUUGCGCCCGAAAAACCUAAAAUAUUAGAAAAUUGCAAACGUGUAAUCGCUGCCUGGGCUAUGGGCGCC